GUCAUGUCAGAAGAAACAGUAAGGGAAUCACAGUUUUCCUUGAAGACAGCAGCAUUAAGAGUGUUUGAUCUUCCUCUGUCUUGGUACAAUUCUCUUUCUCAGAUCAAAUUUUCGCCGGUAGCUAAAAAGUUGUUUGUUGUAACUGCAGUGAGUGCUAUAUCUGUAGUUUUUCUGGCCCAUCACUUUAAAAGAAAACGUGGAAAGAAGAAAGGAAAAAUAUUACCAUGGGAACCAGAGCACCUCUUACUGGAGUACACUAAAAGAGCAGCAUCAGACAAAGGUUCAAGUUGUUCCAGUAGUAGACAGAAUUUGACAUUAUCUUUAAGUUCCACCAAAGACAAAGGAUCUCAGUCUUGUAACUUUGCUAAUGGAGGACUUUUCAGUAAAUACUCAGGUUCUGCACAGAGUUUGGCUUCUGUCCAGAGUGUCAAUUCCUGCCAUAGCUGUGCUUGUGGCAAUUCUAAUUCCUGGGACAAAGCGGAUGAAGAUGAUGUUAAACUUGUAAAUAUUCCUGUGACCACUCCUGAGAACUUAUACUUAAUGGGUAUGGAAUUGUUUGAAGAGGCAUUGCGUCGAUGGGAACAAGCUCUAACCUUUCGCAAUAGACAGGCUGAAGAUGAAGCCUGCGGUUCCAUUAAACUGGGUGCUGGGGAUGCCAUUGCUGAAGAAAGUGUAGAUGAUAUUAUUAGUACUGAAUUCAUCCAUAAACUUGAAGCUCUGCUACAAAGAGCAUAUCGUCUCCAAGAGGAGUUUGAAGCUACCCUUGGGGGGUCUGAUCCUAAUUCCCUUGCUAAUGAUACUGACAAAGAUACAGACACUACUGUAAAGGGAAACGUGGAUGACUUUGGCCUGCGAGACACUUCCAGCGUUGCAUCAACUGAUUCCUUUGCUUCGGUAGCAGAGCUUGCAGAACACAGAGAAAUACGGCAUACCUACAGCCUGGAAUCUUUUUGCCGCUGCCCUUUUUAUGAAGAAGCCAUGCAUUUAGUUGAAGAAGGAAAAAUUUACUCCAGAGUACUGAGAACUGAAAUGUUGGAGUGCCUGGGAGACAGUGAUUUUCUUGCCAAACUUCAUUGUAUUCGACAGGCUUUUCAGGUGAUUCUUUCAGAAACAGCCAACAGGAUAUUCCUUGCAGAGAGUGGAAGGAAAAUUUUGUCAGCUUUAAUUGUGAAAGCACGAAAGAAUCCAAAGAAGUUUGAAGAUGUUUUUGAUGAAAUGAUGUAUUUUUUAGAGCAAACUGAUCACUGGGCUAGUACUGAAAUGGAACUUGCUGCCAGAGGGGUGAAAAAUCUAAAUUUUUAUGAUGUUGUUCUGGAUUUUAUAUUAAUGGAUUCUUUUGAAGACCUAGAAAACCCACCAACAUCCAUACAGAAUGUAGUAAAUAAUCGCUGGCUGAACUCUUCCUUCAAAGAAACUGCUGUGGCUUCAAGUUGUUGGUCAGUGCUGAAACAGAAAAGGGAACAGAUGAAGCAAAUCCCAGAUGGAUUUUUUGCCCAUUUUUAUGCCAUUUGUGAGCACAUAAGCCCUGUCCUCGCUUGGGGCUUUUUGGGUCCUAGAAAUUCUCUUUAUGAUUUAUGUUGCUUCUUUAAGAAUCAAGUUAUUUUCUUUCUCAAAGACAUUUUUGAUUUUGAGAAGGUGCGCUAUUCAAGUAUAGAGACUUUGGCUGAAGACCUCAUGCAGUUACUCAUUCGCCGCAUGGAACUUUUAAUGGCCUAUCUUGGAGCAGAUGCCCUGAGACACACGAGUAGCUGUUUAAGUGGUCAUGGUCAUGUUAUAUCCAGUGGGCUAUUGGAAGCCAAAGUACAAUAA